AUGAUAGGUCCUGCAGAGCGUAUGAAGAGUCAUGAUGAAGUCGUUGAGGAGGUCCAAGGACGAGUGAAGGAUGUAGGGCUUCUGCCCAAGGGAAGGGUGCAGCAGUUAGUGCGGCAGUCAUCUCGGUCGUUAUCUCGGGCGGAAGAGCUAGUGAAGCAAGACGUGGAGGAGAUGAAAUCGAAUAAAGAGGAGAUGAUGACACAGGUAUCUGAGGUUCUCGUGCGGAAGAUACAAAAUAGGUCGGAUACUGUCCAUCAGGCUCUGCAUAUUCCUAAGAUGUGUCUGGUCGUUGUUGGUCACGUGGAUUCCGGCAAGAGCACUUUGAUGGGACAUCUUCUAGUAGAACUAGGUAACAUAUCAUCACGAGAGAUGCAUCGGUUCACUAGAGAUGCCGCAGCAUGCGGUAAGCAGAGCUUCGAGUAUGCCUGGGUGUUAGAUGAAGGCUCGGAUGAGAGGGCGAGAGGCGUUACCAUAGACGUUUGUGUUAAACACUUCACCACACCUAAGGGGACUAGGGUAACUCUUCUGGAUGCUCCCGGUCAUAAGGAUUUCGUCCCCAACAUGCUCCUGGGAGCAGUCCAAGCGGACUUCGCUAUAGUGCUGGCUGAUGUGAAGGACUUUGAUAAAGGAUUCACUCGAGGGGGUCAAACCAAGGAGCAUAUAAGGUUGUUGAGAGCCCUCGGUAUCAACAGGAUUAUAGUGGCCAUCAAUAAGAUGGAUCUAGUCGAUUACUCCCAAGGUCCUUAUAACAGAGUCCGUGAUGAGCUCGAGAAUUUCAUAGGAGGGGAGUGCAGUUUUAAAAGCCACAAUGUUUCCUAUAUACCAACGGCGGGCUUUGUCGGAGAGAAUCUGGUGACUCGAGAGAAUCCCAAGCUAAUGUCAUGGUGGCAAGGUGACACGUUGGUGACAGCUAUCGACAAACUUGCAGAGUCGGCUUCUACUGAUAGUGCUGUUGCCACGAAGGCAUCGCUCUCUGCUCCCUUGAGGAUAGCAGUGGCUGAUGUAUACAAGUCCAGCAGUGGGGCUCAGAUAUCAGGUCGAGUUGAGCAAGGAACAUUCAAGAGCGGGCAGAAGAUCGUUGUGCUUCCUGGUCGGGGAGAUGACUCGAGUGUGUGUACAAUCAGAAAUGUAUACCGUAAUGGUGAAGACGUACAGAUGAGUGUUAAUGCUGAGGGGUACCCUGGAGACUAUAUCGAUCUAGCAACACUGCAAGGUGUGGACCCGUACAUGGUCAUCAGAGGUUCGGUGCUCUGUGCUGCUGCUGCCAAUAGCACAGCCUGCCAAGUCUCCACAGUCAUACGAGCUAAGAUUGUUGUUUUCGAUACCUCGGUACCGAUCGUGAAGGGUCAGCAGGUCAUGUUGUAUGCUCAUGCGUGUGUGGAAUCUGCAACGGUAACUAGAUUCGUUAGGCUCGAAGGGAAGAAGGCUCCACCCCCAGGAGUUCGUGCUAAACCCAUCAAGUGUUUGACCAAAGGGGAUUGUUGCACAGUGGAAUUGACGUUGCAGCAUCCGAUCUGUACGGACCCUAUAGGCCACAAGGGGUCGCUUGCCAAGGCAACGAGUUUGUCGAGAGUCGUCUUACGUGACCGGGGGGAGACUGUUGCAGCAGGAUUGAUAGUUUGAAUUAUACACACUUUACUAUACAUUUCCUGUCACAUUGCUCG